CAUUUUCAGGGCUCAAGUUGAGUGAAGAGACCUUGUAGGACCAGCGGAACCAGACUGCCAUGCUGUCCAUUGCUGUUCUCGUGGGAUGCGUCGUGGCGCAACAGCCAGGCGUCCAUGAGGAAGAAUACCAUCCCCAGAUGCCUCUUUGGACCUGCAGCUCAAGCGGAUGCAUCAAACAGAUGAAAUCCGUGGCUCUGGAUGCGAACUGGCGAUGGCUUCACAAUGGACAAUACACCAACUGUUACAAGGACGGCGAUUUCAACCAAGAGCUGUGCCCCGAUCCAGUGAGCUGUGCUCGGAACUGCCACCUGGAGGGGGCCUCCCAGGAGCAGUACGGAUCCACCUACGGUAUCAAGGAGACGGAGGAUGGCAUCAAGAUUGACUUCGUGACAACCACGAAGUACGGUUCAAACUUUGGUUCCCGAGUCUACAUGAUGGACACACCUGACAGGUACAGGAUCUUCAAGCUGAAGAACCGAGAGUUCACCCUGACCGUGGACAUGUUCUACAUGCCCUGCGGCCUCAACGGUGCUGUCUACUUCGUGGAGAUGGACGCGGACGGCGGCCAGGCAGCGGCCGAGAAGACGGGCGGCGCCAACCGGGCCGGAGCCAAAUAUGGCACCGGCUACUGCGAUGCGCAGUGCCCGCAUGACCUGAAGUUUAUGGAGGGUAAGGCCAAUGUCAUCGGCUGGAAUGCGAGCCACGACCCUCCCAUCGGCAAGCACGGUGCCUGCUGUGCAGAGAUGGAUAUCUGGGAAGCGAACUCGCGAGCCACGGCCUACACGCCACACCCAUGCUCUAUCACUGGCACCUACAUUUGUGAAGGCAUUGACUGUGGCGACAACAGCAAGGACGAACGUUACCAGGGAGUCUGCGACAAGGACGGCUGCGACUUCAAUUCCUGGCGUUUGGGCGACCAGAAGUUCUACGGCCGUGGGGCCAGGGACUUCAAGGUUGACAGCCGCAAGAAGGUGACGGUGGUCACUCAGUUCAUCACUGAAGGCAACCGGGAUGACGGAGACCUCAUCGACAUCCGUCGCUUCUACGUCCAAGAUGGCAAGGUGAUUCCCAACUCCAACGUGUCCAUUGCAGGGGUCCGAGGUGAUUCGAUUACCGACAAAGUUUGCUCCGAUAUGAAGGAAGCCUUCGGGGAUGUGGAUGACUUCAACCUGAAGGGUGGCCUGAAAACCAUGGGAGAAGCUUUGGACCGUGGCAUGGUGCUGGUGAUGUCCCUCUGGGACGAUGCGGAGGCCAACAUGCUGUGGCUGGAUGCGGACUAUCCCACCAGCAGGAGCCCCACAGUGCCUGGGGUGAACCGCGGGCCCUGCAACCAAGACACCGGGAGGCCCUCGUUUCUGAGAGCCAAGUUCCCGGAUGCGCGCGUGAAAUACAGCAACAUCAAGGUGGGCGCCAUCGGUACGACCUUCGGCACGGACGCGAGCAUGGCUGCCAGCGACGAUGGGAAGUGGGCCGACAACCGCCGACUCAACGAGGACGUCCUGGUCUGACAAGGUAUGAUGUCCUUCACAGCAGCUUUUAAUUCGUUGGCGCCUCAUUUGAAUGCGUGACCGACUGCAUCAAAAUUAAGAGGCCAUACAGUGUAUCAUGCGCACUGAUGUGAACACUCCGGAAGGGGAUCUUACUGCACACGCGGCAUGUGUUCGAAAAAAGGCUACACAAAAACACCAACGACCCCUUCUAGGCUUGUUCACUAGCAGGGCACGAGUUCCCUCCAAUUCGAGGAUUUACGAAUUUACGGACUUUUGUGCAUCGUUCACAGCGGGUGAAUGGUGCUUGUCCGUGCAUGAGAACUUGGGCUGCAGCAACUUUCAGCAAUGUUGCAGCAAAGUUCUGGAUGACUGCGGCUUCUGCUCCACGAGUGAGCCACAAAUAGUUGUCCAUAAGUCUUUCGAGCGAUUCGAGGGCCCCAAAAGAGAUGGACGAACUCUUCAAAAUGUCCAAUCGUUUCAC